AUGAAAACGUGGAACUGCGUUGUACUGUUUGUGAUUUGUGUGCAAAUACUUGCAGUUGUCGAGGCACAGCUGCUCUCGCGUUUACUGAAUCGUCUGCUGUUUUCGAAACGGAAUUCCGAAGAAGAUGACUAUCCCCCAUAUCCGAGAAGACGGCCUCCUCCAUACCGACGCCGACGCCCUCCCGACCACGAUCCGUACAAGUACGAUCCGGACGACGACGAUUACCACCGAGAUCAUUCUAUUGCUCGGCCACCUAAACGACCUCCGCCUUCUUAUCGAAAAACCAAGCCCCACAAGGAACAGGACUCUGAAGACACAGCUCCUCCGAUGACCAUAUAUCUACAGCCUGGAGCAAAUGGAGAGCGCGGCAAGCCGAAAAGGAUACGAAUAGUCACCGUGAAUAAUUAUCCGCCGUAUCAAAGGGAUUACGGCUACGGCCAGGGCAGCCCUUACCAUAACGCGGUUUGGAACAGAGGUUUAGGUCAGCGAGAUAUGGUUUUCCCUCAAAAUGACUAUUCGGCUCCGAUUGCCAUGACGAGUCAUCCAAACGGGCGAUACAGCGAAUACGCCCCUCCUGCUGGCCAAGAGCAGGUCGGGUCUACGGGACCACGAUACGACUACGACUAUUACAGAAGUAAACGAAAACGAAAAUGA